UUGUGAUUUUUAGAACUAUGGAUAUCAUGAAGCUUCAAAGAUUGCCUCCACCUAAGAAUCUUUCAAGGAUGAACACCUCGAGAUUUGGUGACAGACCGCUCUGGUUUAAACCCUUCACUGUUGUCAAAGUUGGAGAACAGAGCUUUGGGUCAGGCUUGGUUAUGGAUGACACACUUGCUAAGAAGAAAAGAGAGCUUUACCAGGCAGUGGAAGGAAUCAACAGGGGAAUUUUUGGACUCCCAUCUGCCAAGAAAUUUGAAAUUGAGAGUUUGGACUUGAGGGCCUUGAAUGCCAUAUGGGUUUCACCUCUCUCUGGCAAACAAGUCCCAAAGCUGAACCCUUUCUCUCUUCUCACUUCUUCAGCUACAGAAAUGGUAGAAGACGUGUGUUUCUUUCACAAAGUACAAUCUUCACUAAUUCCACCUUCUAUUUUUACUAUCACUAACAAUGUGCUGCUUUUUUUCUUUGCUAUUUGGCCUAUGUUUUCUGUUGUUAUGUUAUGUUCUAUUUAACUUCGAAUCUUUAUGCUUAAAUUUGGGUGCUUUUUCGACUCGAUGAACUUGGGGAAGAGAUAGUGAAAGGGGGUUCCUUUUUCAGUUCGGGGAAGAAUUAAGUCAUACUUUUAUUGGAUUAAAGUUGAAUCCUUUGCGUGUUUA